CCAUUUCUUUGUCUUUCAGAAUGAGAGAGAACAGAUUAUGACCACCAACCUCUGGCUGUUCCAGGAGUGGAAUGACUACAGACUGAGAUGGGACCCAGAGAAAUACGAAGGCAUCAAAAAACUACGAAUCCCAUCUCAACACAUCUGGCUUCCUGAUAUUGUUCUCUACAACAAUGCGGACGGGGUGUACGAGGUCUCCUUCUAUUGCAACGCCGUGGUGUCCAACACAGGAGACAUCUUCUGGCUCCCGCCUGCCAUCUACAAGUCAGCCUGCGCCAUCGAGGUCCAGCACUUCCCCUUCGACCAGCAGAACUGCACGCUCAAGUUCCGCUCGUGGACCUACGACCACACUGAAGUCGACCUCAUCCUCACCAGCGACUUCGCCAGCCGGGACGACUUCACGCCGAGCGGCGAGUGGGACAUCGUGUCGCUGCCCGCCCGCAAGAACGAAGACCCCGACGACAUCACUUACCUGGACAUCACCUACGACUUCGUCAUCAAGAGGAAGCCACUGUUCUACACCAUCAACCUGAUCAUCCCCUGUGUCCUCAUCACCUCUCUGGCCAUCCUGGUCUUCUACCUGCCCUCUGACUGUGGGGAGAAGAUGACCCUGUGUAUCUCUGUCCUGCUGGCCCUCACUGUCUUCCUGCUGCUCAUCUCUAAGAUAGUACCGCCCACCUCUCUGGCUGUGCCUCUCAUAGGUAAAUACCUGAUGUUCACUAUGGUGUUGGUCACCUUCUCCAUCGUGACCAGUGUGUGUGUCCUCAACGUCCACCACCGCUCCCCGUCCACCCACCGCAUGCCUGACUGGGUCAAACGCCUCUUCCUGCUCCGCCUCCCCGCCUUCCUCCUCAUGAGACGACCCGGGAACAAUAACGUCCAGGAAAAAGUUAGACGGAAGCACGCCACUGCCGGGAACACCACCUCCGGGAACCCUGGGAAUUCCCGAGGAGGGGUGAAAAAGCGCUAUUCCGACAUCAAGCUGGGAGGAAUCCAGACGGACUCUGACUCGUUCUUUGUGAAGGAGGAUUCGGCCCGGAGGUUUGGCUGGAAGGUGGGAGACGUGUCAGGGGACGGCGGUGUCCCGGAGAUCAGGCGUCGCGUGGCGGUCCAGUGGGACGCUGACCUGGAGGAGGCGGUGGAUGGAGUGAGGUAUAUCGCUGAACACAUGAAGACGGAGGACGGAGAUGAAGGGAUCAUAGAGGACUGGAAGUACGUAGCGAUGGUAAUUGACCGUCUGUUCCUGUGGAUCUUUAUCCUGGUGUGUGUGGUGGGAACCCUGGGUCUCUUCAUGCAGCCCCUCUUCCAGAGCUACAACACUCCUACUGCAGACAGCAACGAGUAUGGUGAUUUCUGAGAGCCCCUGGGCGUCGGAGAGGGAAACCCUGUAGCAGCUAAACGGACCGUUGUCCUACGAACUCUGGAGCAACCUGUGCCAAAGCACCGUCAGUAGUACUUCUCCCCUCGGCAGUAGCUCAUGAAGCAUUAUAAGACAUUAUAGAGGUACUAUAGGGUCUACUGUGAGCCGUAUGCUGGAUCUCUCUUUCUAACUCUCUCUGGUUUCUCCACUCUUCAAGACAAGAUCUGAACGAACAACAGUAGUACUUCUCCCCUCGGCAGCAGCCCAUGAAGCAUUAUAAGACAUUAUAGAGGUACUAUAGGGUCUACUGUGAGCCGUAUGCUGGAUCUCUCUCUUUCUAACUCUCUCUGGGCUCUCCACUCUUCAAGACAAGAUCUGAACGAACAACAGUAGUACUUCUCCCCUCGGCAGCAGCCCAUGAAGCAUUAUAAGACAUUAUAGAGGUACUAUAGGGUCUACUGUGAGCCGUAUGCUGGAUCUCUCUCUUUCUAACUCUCUCUGGGCUCUCCACUCUUCAAGACAAGAUCUGAACGAACAACAGUAGUACUUCUC